UUUUUCACGUCAAAGAAAGUAGAACUCAAAAAUUAGGGUUUAUGCAAUUAUGCUCAUGAACUGCUCACUGGAGUCACUGCUCACCUAUGACUCUAUGAGUCGUUUAUAGCGUUAUCGUUUUCGGCAAUAUCAAUAUUGUUGCCCUAUCUGCUGCCUCUGCGCCACCGCUCUCUUCACCAUUCGAUCAAAACUAAAAAUUCCAUAAAAUCAGAAAAUAAAUGCUAUGAUUAUUUUUGUUCUUGAAUUUUACAGCAAAGCAAACGCGGGAUUUGUGGUUAAAAACCGGCAUCCUUGAGUGACAGAGCGAGUAGUGAUAGUGUUACUUGAAGUGGCAGUGUGAGAGAGAUGGUUGAGGCGGUGGCUAUGGCGACCAGGGAGAGGCAGGGCGGCGCGUCGAUGAUGGAGCAGCUGGUGCCGGAAAUCAUGACUCACGCGCUCAGCUACUUGGACUAUCCCAGUCUUUGCCGGUUGUCGAUGACGAAUUCGCUGAUGCGGAAAGCUGCAAACGACGACAAUGCGUGGAAGGCUUUAUACCGUAAGGAUUUCACAUUUGAGCAGGAUAGUGUGACUCCUGUUAAGGGAUGGAAAGCUUACUAUGCGGCUACCAGAGCCAUUCUGAAAAUUAAUGCCGAGUUUUUUAAGAUCAUUAAGGAAAAGUCGACCCUUGCAAUGAGCCGGAUUUGGCUCAAGGUAGAUUAUGUGAAGUGCUUUCAUGGAAGUGGAGAGUUCUUUACAGGAUAUGAUGCAGUUGUGGAAAGCUGGCAGCCCAUUUUGAACUGGGAGCAAAGUGCAGAUUUCCAGAUACGAGACGUGAGGGCAAGGGUACUAACCGAUGUUGCUUGGGUUACUAUGAAAGCUUAUCUUCAUCAAGUGGGACUGAGAGCAUUUUUUGUCACUAACGUUUUUGAAUUCCAUAAUGGAAGGUGGUACAUGGUGCAUCAUCACUGUUCUGUGAUGCUCUCUCAUGGAGGUCCAGUGCAACAACUUAUCCAAGGAUAACUUACAAAGCAGCAGUUAGGAAAGAGGAUGACAAGACUCAUAAAACUAGAAUGUCUUAAAGAUAUUAUUAGUUGUAUUCUUGUUCAAUUCUAAUCUUGUAAAUACUAUGGUUUUAUUCACCAAACAUGUCUUGUCAAAGACAUUAAUUGUUAUGAAAUUGAUUGUUAAUGAAGCUGGGAAAAUGUAUUAUUCUCUGUAAUACACUACAGGUUUUCUGAAACAAUUUUUCAGGUCAGUAUUUAAGCAUUAAAAGGAAGGAUGAAAAUGAAAAAUGUCUUUGUGAAUGAGAGGCUGUAUUGUAAUUACAAAGACUUAUAUUGCAUUUUAUUUUUUAAUAUCUCAGCUUUCCCCUGGCUGUUCUGUUAUCUCUUCUGUGUGGCUCUCCUAUACUGACAGUGAAGUGAGGCGGGGAGAGAGAAUGUCCACCACCGCCAUGGCCACCGUCACCGGAGGAAGCGCCGCCGCCCUCCACCCAGUGCCAAAACCACCGACCAGAGAAUUUUUGGUAUUGGCACCGAGGCAAAUUCUGUACAGACGCAACAAGUCAUUGUCUUUCUCCAUUAGCUAUGGCGGAAACCCUAAACAAGAGCCGCCGCCGCCGUCGUCGCCGCCGGUUCUCUGUGCUUCUUCAGCAUCUCCAACACCUCUCGCCGAAGAGGAAGAAGAAGUAAAAGAAAGUGGGUCUUCCGCUCCCCCCGAGGAUGGUGUUGUUCUUUCCACACUCAUUCAAGAUUCUGACUCGUUUCUUUCUCCAGGGGCUUGCAAGGCCUGUGGGAAAGAAGUCGUGGAGAGUGGUUGUAAUGGCGAGGGAAGGAUUCAAGGAGGGAUCGCGACAGUCCCAGGAUUUGGUUGGUGGCCGAUAAAGGCAUACAGGCCUUGUCCUGCAUUUGUGGCUUCUGGUGGUAGGUAUAGGCGAACUGGACAAAGCAUGGAUGAAGUCGUCUCCGGGGGAGGAGAAAGAGCCAAUGCUGCAGGAAUCAACGACGAUGCUCAAUCCA